AUGCGUAUCUCUAGACGGGGUACACUUGCUCCCAGAGCACACGUUGAUGACCUGGAAGCUGCCUAUGGGCAACGUAAGGAUGUGUGUCAGAUGUGUGCGGGCAGUGUGGGGUAUGGACCCGCCCCAGCUGCCCUGCAGGCGGUUUCAAGGCUUGAGGAACACCUAGGAGGUGGCUACGGUCCAGUCGCCGGUGAGUCCGCUUUAUUGGCGAAUCUUAGGGAAAAACUUUUCCUGCACAAUGGGAUAGACGUUGACGCACAGCGCGCAGCAGUUCUUGUAACUGCCGGUGCGAACCAGGCGUUUGUGAACGUGCUACUCGCGGUCGCCGAUAGCGGCGACGCGGUUAUUCUGUUUGCCCCCUACUACUUCUCACACUACUCGGCUGCAUUAUUUGCCGGCUUAAGACCGAUAGUUCUGAACUCGAAUUCCCACGAAAGCGUUGCCGGCGCUCUGCAAUAUUACUCCGAGAACUUGCUUCAUUCUGAGGUGCCCAGCGUUGAAACGGUGCGAGCUGUGGUUGUUUGCACGCCCUGCAAUCCUACAGGCAGCGUCUUAGAUAACGCCGAGUUAUGGAAGAUUGCUCAUAUAUGCGAAGCUCAUGAUUGGUGGUUAAUCAUAGAUGAAGCUUAUGAGCACUUCGAUUUCGAGAUGCAACUUUUGGAGCGGGACGGAGAACUGACCCUGACCUCGAUAGUGAGCCCGUCGUGUCUCACGGGGCUACCGCAGCGAAUUCGUCGUCCGUACCUUAUGCAUAAUCGGUCAAUUCAUAUCUUUUCUAUGUCGAAGUCAUUCGGCAUGGCGGGAUACAGAGUGGGCUAUAUCCUUUGUCCGCAAACGGCCCCUAUUCAAGAUGGAGCGGAUCUGUUCGAUGCACUCGUGCGGGUGAACGACACGAUCGUGACCCAUGCAUCCCGCCAGAGCCAACUUCUGGCUCUCUGUGUGCUUCGGGAUCCCGCCUGCAUUAGCACGCUCCAGUCCAGGCGACUAAGAGUGCUUCUUUACGUACGGGAGCUCUACCAGUUCGCUUUCAAGAUGGUCAGAGCCGGACUGAUCGAGCUCACACCAUCGAUGAUGGAGGUACUCAGAACAUGCCAAAGAAACGGGCGCCCCUUUCGCAUUGGCGCCUUUUACCUUUUCUGCCGUGCGUUACCGAAGAGGAAUGGCUCCACGCGUGUUGCUCGAGCUAGUGAUCUCGAGUUGUGCCAUUUUCUCGCAGAUUCAUAUCGAGUGCUUGUUGCACCGGGGAGCAUCUUUGGCACGGAUGCGCGCGAAUGUUGGAUACGCGUUUCUGUCGGCGCUUGUUGUUGUAAUGAUAUCCAUGGUUUGCGAGAUGCGCUUCGUCGUUUAGCAGCCGGUAUCGCUGCGUUUCAAGAGCAGAAAUUAGCGCGCAAGGUGAGUAGCGUCGAUAACGACAACUUGGUGGUAUCUACAACGUUUUGA